UCAGAUGCAGCAGUUAGUACUGAGGUGCGUUUAAUGAUUACAGAUGCUGCAAGACACAAACUCCUUGUACUAAGUGGACAGUGCUUUGAAAACACAGGAGAACUCAUUCUUCAGUCAGGGUCCUUUUCCUUCCAAAACUUCAUUGAGAUCUUCAUGGAUCAAGAGAUUGGUGAAUUAUUGAGUACCACCCACCCUGCUAAUAAAGCCAGCUUAACUAUUUUCUGCCCCGAGGAAGGGGACUGGAAAAAUUCUAACCUUGACCGACACAACCUUCAAGACUUUAUUAAUAUUAAACUCAACUCAGCUUCCAUAUUGCCUGAAAUGAAUGGACUCUCUGAAUUCACAGAGUAUCUGUCAGAAUCGGUAGAAGUACCAUCACCCUUUGACAUUUUGGAACCCCCAGCCUCAGGAGGCUUUUUGAAACUCUCCAAACCCUGCUGUUAUAUUUUCCCAGGUGGAAGAGGGGACUCUGCAUUGUUUUCAGUGAAUGGAUUCAACAUGCUUAUCAAUGGAGGAUCUGAAAGAAAAUCUUGCUUUUGGAAACUUAUCCGACAUUUGGACAGGGUAGAUUCCAUUCUGCUCACUCACAUCGGAGAUGAUAACUUGCCAGGAAUCAAUAGCAUGCUUCAGCGAAAGAUAGCUGAAUUAGAAGAGGAACAGUCCCAAGGGUCUACUACCAACAGUGACUGGAUGAAAAAUAUGAUCUCACCUGAUUUAGGAGUUUUAUUCCUUAAUGUACCUGAGAACAUGAAGAACCUGAAUCCUAACUUUAGAAUAAAAAGUAGUAUAGAAGAAGCUUGUUUUACUCUCCGGUAUUUAAACAAACUGUCUAUGAAACCAGAACCUCUUUUCAGAAAUGUAGGAAAUACCAUUGACCCCAUCAUUUUAUUUCAGAAAAUGGGGGUUGGCAAACUUGAGAUGUAUGUGCUCAAUCCUGUCAAAAAUAGCAAAGAGAUGCAAUAUUUUAUGCAACAGUGGAGUGGUACUAGCAAAGAUAAAGCUGAAUUUCUGCUACCAAAUGGCCAAGAACUAGACAUUCCAUUAUCCUAUUUCACCUCUGUCUCAUCCCUGAUUGUGUGGCAUCCAGCUAAUCCUACGGAAAAAAUAAUCCGAGUUCUAUUUCCUGGAAACAGCACCCAAUAUAAUAUUCUAGAAGGACUAGAAAAACUCAAACACUUAGAUUUUCUUAAACAACCAAUAGUUACACAAAAAGACCGAACUGCAAACAUUGCUAGUCUGGCUGUGAAACAAGCAAAGCUGAAACAACGAACAGACAGCAAGGAGAGUCUCAAGCCUGCUGCAAAGACACCACCAAGCAAGAUAGUCAGAAAAGAAUCUAAAGAAGAAACACGGGAGCCUGCAAAGCCUAGUCCAGCACUGGAAAAGACUCAGAGAUUAGAAAGCAAAGAAAAAGUUCCAGUUAAAAAAGAGAAACCAGCAAAACCAGAGACCAAACCUAUAGUGACAGAAAAAGAUGGAACAAGUAAAGAAGAGCAAAUACUAAAAUCUGAAACUCCUGAAAAACAAGUUACAGAUGUAAAAUCAAAAGUGGCAAAGGAGAAGACAGUGAAAAAGGAAGUCAAAACAAAACCUGAAGAAAAGAAAGAGGAAAAAGAAAAAACAAAGAAAGAGAUUUAUAAAAAAGAGGAGAAAAUACUCAUCAAAAAAGAGGAAAAACACAAAAAAGAAGAGAUCAAGAAAGAAGUUAAAAAAGAUGUGAAAAAGGAAGAGAAGGAAAGUAAGACAGAAGUAAAGAAAGAUGCUCCACCAAAGGAAGCUAAAAAAGAAGCGAAGAAGGAAAUUAAGAAGGAAGAAAAAGAAGCCAAAAAGGACAUCAAAAAGGUUUCUAAAGAAACAAAGAAGACAACUGGUCCUUCAACUGAAGCCAAAAAGCCAGCAGCAAAGCCUAAAUCACAAAAGAAGGAGGAGCCUGUUAAAAAGGAAGCAGUACCUGCUGGAAAGCCAAAGGAAAAAGAAAAAAUUAAGACUGUGAAGAAGGAGAUCAAAUUCAGUGGAGCACAAGCUGCCCUUGUAGCAGUUGGAACUGCUGCCACAACUGUAACAGCUGUAGCAGCUGCAGAAAUUACAGCUAGUGGAAAAGAACUUGAAGUGGAAAGAUCCCUUAUGUCUUCACCAGAGGAUUUAACAAAGGAUUUUGAAGAAUUAAAAGCUGAAGAAGUAGAAACAAUAAAAGAAACAAAAUCUCAGGUUGUAUUCAUAGAGGAUGAACUGAAACUCACUGGCAAAGAACAAAAAGAGGCCUUUGAUUCCCAAAAAGAAAAAUUAGAAAAUGAAGGACCUUCAGAGUCCUCUGAUGAAGGCAUAACUACCACAGAGGCUGAUGGUGUGUGUGAACAGACACCCGAAGAAUCGGAACCAGUGGAAAAGCACAGGGUUGAUGACAAUGAAAAGUUUAAAGAUGAGGGAACUGGCUUGGCAGAAUCAUCUGAAGUGGAAGAUUAUGAGGAAAAGGCAGAGACAGAAGAUGCUGAAGAACAAGGUGAAGAUGAGGAAGAAAAGACAUCAUUGGACACCACAAAAUUAUACAUGGAAGAAGAAAGAAUAAUGGAAGAGAGUUCAGAAGAAAUAAUGGUCAAAGCAGAUGCUAACAUUAAAGAUGAAAAAUAUAUUGAAAAGGCAGAUUAUAAGGCAUCAGGUGAACAAUAUGAAGAAGACGGGGAAGAAGCAGUAGAAAAGGCAAAAAAUGAAGAAACUGAGGAAGAGGAGGAAGACAAAACAGAAGGCAUCAGAGAUAAAGAGGAGACUGAAAAAAUAGAAACUAAAGAAGAUUAUGUGAUGGCUGUUGUAGACAAAGCUGCAGAAGCUGGUGAAGUUGAAGAUAAAUAUGGCCUACUCAUAAUUACACCAACAAAAUGCUCAGAGCCUCAGUCUCCAGCAGUUGAACUGGCCUCUCCAAUCCAUGAUGAGACAUUACCUGGUGAUUCAGAAAGUGAAGCUAUUGUUUCUGAUGAAGAAAAUAGAUAUCAGCCUGAGGAAUUCACUGCUAUUUUGGGUUAUACACAGUCUACCAUUGAAAUACCCAGUGAACCAACUCCAAUGGAUGAAAUGUCUACACCCCGGGAUGUCAUGAGUGAUGAAACUAACAAUGAGGAAAGUGACUCAACUUAUCAGGAGUAUGCGAACAUUACCAAGUAUGAGACAUCACUGUACUCUCAAGAGUUUGGUAGACUUAAACUUUCUACGCUUCUGGAUGCUUUUAAUGGAUUAUCUGAAGGAACCAAAACAGAGGCCACAGAAGGUAGAGACUAUAAUACCUCAGCUUCUACCAUCUCUCCACCUUCUUCAUUAGAGGAAGACAAAUUCUGCAAAUUUGCAUUCCAGGAUGUAUACUGGCAAAAAGAAAAUGAAAUCCAAGGCACUACUAAAUUAGAAAUCAAAGAAACCUGUUCAGAAAAUGUUGGUGGAAAAUGUAGUCCAGCCAAGAGUCCAUCUGAGAAUUUGUCCCCUCUAUCACCAGUUGCCAAAACACCACUGAGUGAACGUAGUGUGAACUUUUCACUUACUCCCAAUGAGAUCAAGGUCUCGGCUGAGAAUGUCCCCAUUGCUACAUUGCCUGAUGUACAUCAAGGAGUUGACAAAGAGCACUGUGCAAACCUUGAAGAUAUAACAUUAGAAGUAGUAUCUCCCUCACAGUCUGCUGCUGGUAGUGCUGGCUAUACACCUUAUUAUCAGUCUCCCACUGAUGAAAAAUCCAGUCAGCUUCCCUCUGAAACCAGUGAAAAGUCAACAGAAGCUCCAGUUAGCUUUGAAUUCAGUAAAGUCAAAGAUGAGUCUUCAAAACCCAUAAUAAGCCCUAUGGAUGAACCUGUGCCAGAUUCAGAAUCUCCUAUUGAAAAGGUUCUCUCGCCUCUACGGAGUCCACCACUGAUAGGUUCAGAGACCACUUACGAUACAUUUUUGAGUGAUGAUGUAAAGUGUCCCACCAGAGAUUAUGGAAGUCCCUCUAAGGGAAUACCUGAAAAAGAAAAAGCACCUGUUCAGAUGAGCCCGGCUUCUGAAGGCAGCUCUGUGGGCCUCUGCCAAGAAAAAAAAGAUGAAAAAAGUAUGGAGUUUAUGGUAAUUAAGGAAAGCUUCAGCCUAGAAAGGAAAAUGGAGGAUACAGAACCCAGCAACUCCCAGUCUUCAUUGGUCUUGGAUGAACGGAAGUUAACAGGUGAUCUCUCACCUACUCAGAUAGAUAUCAAUCAGUUCAGUUCUUUAAAAGAAGACACCAAAAUGUCAAUUUCUGAAGGCACUGUUUCUGACAAGUCUGCAACUCCUGUUGAUGAGGUCAUAGCAGAAAACACCUAUUCCCAUAUAGAAGGAGUACCUUCUGUCUCUACAGCAUCUGUUGCUACUAGUUCAUUUCCAGAACCAACUACUGAUGAUGUAUCUCCUUCUUUGCAUGCUGAGGUUGGAUCCCCCCACUCUACAGAAGUUGACGAUUCCCUUUCAGUGUCAGUUGUACAAACACCAACAAUGUUUCAGGAAACAAAAAUGUCUCCAUCUAAGGAGGAGUGCCCAAGGCCUAUGUCAAUUUCUCCACCAGAUUUCUCACCUAAACCCGCAAAAUCAAAAACCCUUAUGCAUGAUCACAGAUCUCCUGAGCAGUCAGUAGAAUUUGGCCAGCAGUCCCCUGAGCAGUCUUUAGCAAUGGACUUUAGUAGGCAAUCUCCAGAAUAUCUUACUGUAGGCACAAGUAUACACCAUAUAUCUGAAAAUGGACCAACAGAAGUAGAUUAUAGCCCUUCAGAUAUACAGGAGCCGACUUUUGCACAGAUUUCCCCUGUGGAGCAGACAUCUUACUUUCAGGAGAAGGAUAUUUCAGAAAUUAUUUCAGUUUUUCAAACCGAAGCUUCAUCUUCAACUUCAUCAGCUCAUACACCUUCCCAGGUAACUUCACCACUGCUAGAGGAAACUUUUUCAGGUGCUGUUUCACCCAGAGAUAUGUCACUACAUUCUUCUUUUACCUCAGAAAAGGUACAGAGCCUAGGAGAAAGGCUGUUUCCAAAGUCUGAUCCAUCUCCACUAACUCCAAGGGAGUCUUCUCCUCUAUACUCUCCUAGUUUUCCAGAUUCACCUCCUGUAAUCACAGAAGUGGUUUCAGCUCGUUACACAUCUUCAUUGUCGCUGCAAGUGUCCUCUGACAAAGCAUUUGGUAAACAGGCUGUCAUAUUACAGGAACCUCUAACAAAGCACAGCCCAGAACUUUUAUUCAACCCAGAAAAAAUAGAUUCAGCGAUAAGCAGCAGGUCACCAGAAGAGCUUAGUUAUUCUUAUGAGGCCACAGAGAAAACUACUAGGUCACCAGAGGAUAUUAGCUACUCCUAUGAGGCAGUUGGAAAAUCUACUAGAUCAUCUCAGGCCAUGGAUUAUUCCUAUGAGACAACAGGAAAAACCACCAGGUCACCUGGGGCCACAGAUAUUUCCUAUGAGAGAAUUAGGAAAGCUACCAGAUCACUUGAUGCUAUGGAUUCUUCCUAUGAGACAACAGGGAAAACCACUAAGUCACCAGAAGCCAUUAGCUACUGCUAUGAGACAACUGGGAGAACCACCAGGUCACCAGAGACCAUGGCUUACUCCUAUGAAAUAACUGGGAAAGCCACCAGCUCACCUGAAGUUAGUAGCUAUUGCUAUGAAGCAAGUGCACAUUUUACUCCAGGAAAAUCAUUAGCAGAAUCUUGUCAGGAUGUUGAUUUAUGUCUUGUGUCCUCCUGCGAAUAUAAACAUCCUAGAACUGAACUUUCACCUUCAUUUAUCAACCCAAAUCCCCUUGAGUGGUUUUCAAGGGAACAGUUUCAAGAUCAAGAAAAGCCAUUAACUCAGUCUGGGGGAGCCCAUCCACCUUCUGGGGGAAAGCAGCAAGAGCAUCAGUGUGAUGAAACCCCUCCCACAUCAGUGAGCGAUUCUGCCCCAUCUCAGACUGAUUCAGAUGUACCCCCUGAGACUGAGGAAUGUCCUUCCAUCACUACAGAUGCUAACAUUGACUCAGAAGAUGAAUCAGAAACCAUUCCAACAGACAAGACAAUUGCAUACAAACACAUUGACCCACUACCUGUCCCAAUUCAGGAUCACAGCCCUUCCCCUAGGCACCCUGAUGUCUCCAUGGUUGAUCCAGAGGCUUUGCCAGUUGAUCAGAAUUUGGGUAAACCUUUGAAGAAGGACCUCAAAGAAAGGACAAAAACAAAAAAGCAGGGCACAAAGACCAAGUUGUCUUCUCCUGUUAAAAAAAGUGAUGGUAAAUCAAAACAAGUGGCUUCACCAAAACCAGCUGUAAGAGAUUCUUUAGACAAAAUUUCCCGAACAGCUUCUCCAAAAAAGGAUUCUGUGGAGAAGAGAACCAAAAAUAUCUCUAAUCCAGAUGUAAAGUCCCAAGUGGAAGAGAAAGAUAAGGAUACCAAGAAUGCAACAAAUACAACAGCAUCCAAGUCAGCAAAGACUGCAACCACAGGAUCUGGGAAUACUAAGUUGGCAAAAUCUACGGUGGUGCCUCCAGGACCUCCAGUGUAUUUGGAUCUGGUGUAUAUUCCCAACCACAGCAAUAGCAAGAAUGUUGACAUUGAGUUUUUCAAGAGGGUGCGGUCAUCCUAUUAUGUGGUGAGCGGGAAUGAUUCUACAGCCGAGGAACCGAGCAGGACUGUUUUGGACUCCCUGCUGGAGGGCAAAGCCCAGUGGGAGAGUAACAUGCAGGUGACCUUAAUCCCAACCCAUGACUCAGAAGUGAUGAGGGAAUGGUACCAAGAGACCCAUGAGAAACAGCAGGACCUCAACAUCAUGGUUUUGGCAAGCAGCAGCACUGUUGUCAUGCAAGAUGAAUCUUUUCCCGCAUGCAAAAUUGAACUGUAAGAAUGAGACCAUGCACAACAUUAAAGUUUGUUUCCAGAAAUUCUUCAGUUUGAAAACACCUUUUAUAAAAAUUCAACCCAUCUAUUUCAGCUGCUGAACUAUAUACCUGCCAAAUGCUAUACUGUGUCACAAUGAUGUAAGUCAGUCUUUGCUAAUUGCUAAGGGAAAUAACAGUAUUCCCACAGUAGGAUUCAUAGUACUGUGACAAUACAGAUCCAGUUUCAUCUCCUCUGAAUGUUUGGAAAGCAUGCACUAGUAACUCCAACUGACUUCUGUCAGAUAGAGGCAUUUGCCCUCUAAAGAAACACAAAGAGAGAGAAAGAGAGAGAGGCUUAGGAGGAGAAAGUAAUAAAAAAUUAGAUCUGCGUUAGUCUCAUGGCAACAGAUGUAUCGCUUGCUGCAGUUUGCUUAUGCUCUCACAUGAAAAGACAAUUUUAAAUUUUUAUCAGUCUGAGCUAUAGCAAAGGGGGUCCUUACUUUACAGAAUUGUUAGCUGGAAAAUAAGAAGUGGCAGAAUGUGGCUGUGAAGGGAUGUAAAACCUAAACUCUCAUUAGCAGUUUUCCAUUUUAAUUUGAACUCUGCAUACUGACAUACCAUAACAAUCACAGGCCAAAUAUACGUAUAGUCUGAACUCCAUUCAGAAUUUUAAAACCUUCCUUUCAACAUGCAGCACUGUUGUUCUAAGGCAUGCUCCCAGUGAAAAUACACUUACGUUACUCAGAAUUGACCAGUCCACAUGCUUAAACACCCAUGUCAACUGUUGAUUGACUGAAGUAAAAUACCAAAGCAGUUGGAAGUACAUACAGUAUACAAUUUGCCUUAGAACGUGACUUGAAUGUAUAAAGAAACUUGCACUUAUUUUUUACUGUUGAGACAUCAAAUUUAUAAAACAUCUGUGUAGGAUCAUAGUUACACCAGUAAAGUGUGAGUGUGAUAUAUGGUACUAGAAACCUAUCUGACUAGUCAAACAGCUUGGUGCUAUGAAUUACAUAUGUUAGUUAUGUGAGCACUUCAUUGAUGCACCUGGACAGCUCAACAAGGCAAGACAAGCAUUUUUUCCAAGGUUUCUUUUGUAUCGUGGAAGCAAGAUUGAAGUGGUGUCCAGUAUCAGAGUUGCAAAACUUAGCAAAACAUUCAGGAUGAUGAAAAAGGUUACCUGCAAGUCUGUACAGUAUUCAACCAUCCUUGGUUUUACCUUGUUUUAUUUGUUUAAUUUAAGAGUGAAUGUGGGAAUAAAUGUACAGAAAUCUUUCUUUUAGUGAUGCAUGAACUUUUAAUAGAUGAAUUUUUAACAAAAGUUUUGAUUUACAGGAAAAUGCAAAGAAAAAAAUGUCAGGUAAAGGCAACUUUUUCUUAGUAGUUUUGUAAGAUAAAUGAAUAAUUUGUUUAAGGUUCUAGUAAGAAUGGAUAUUGAGGUAAAAUUUAUUGAAAAUAGUCAACUGCCAAUACCUUGCAGUGGGGGGGCACCCUGGUGGUAAAAUUAACCUAUUGAUGAUAACAGAAAAUGGGAUUUGAAAUGUUGAUUGCCUAAUAUUUACAAAGGUGUAGCCUACAGUCUCAACCCUCACAAGAUCUUGAAAAAAGAUGCAAUAAACUAAAACAAGUAUUUCCUUUCCUUUCCUUUCCUUUCCUUUCCUUUCCUUUCCUUUCCUUUCCUUUCUCCCCUUCCUUACCUUCUCUAGACUGCUUGCAGAGGAAACAGCAUAUAGAACAGUUCAAUGAUUUAAAAUAGUUUGGAAUUUUUUUUUAUCUCAGAAGUUUUACCCCAAUAAAAACAUAUUGUUACGUUGUAGAAGGUUUGUGAACUGGAAUUUGAAGAAUGUGCAAAAACCUCCAAAAUGGAGACUUGCUGGUCUGUAUGAUUCACCCUUAUGACUGGUAUUAAGUUUCACAAUGUAAUGGACUAUGAUCUCAUUUUAUUUUAUUUACUUAUAAUUUAUUUCAAAUUUACAUUUUUUAGGAUAUUUUUAUUUAAUAGGCACAUGUUUGCACUCCUAAUUUUUGUGAUUUUUUUAAUAUACUGCUUUACGACCCUUUAAAUGUGGGCUCUUGAGGCCUAUUUAAUACUGUAAAUUACUGUUUGUCAGUUGUUGGGAUUUUCAAUUUAUUUUUAACAUUAUCUUUUUUGUGUGUGUGUGUGUCUAGCAAUACUGCUUUAUUAACCUUUUAAGUUGUAAAGAAUAGCUCAGAGUUGUAAAGAAUAACUCAGGAUAACUAUGGCACAAAAGACAGAUGGAAAUGUAUUGUGAAAUUAAGCAUGUUUUCUGGGCUCAUAAUCAUUAACUUAAAAUUGCCUUUGUACUACAUAGCCUUCAAAGCUAUAUUUCUGCAAUUCUGUUUUGUCUACUUUCUUACAUAGGUAAGAUUUCAACCUUUUUGAGUGGGUAGGAACAGGUUUUCUGAUUUUCUGACAAUAUCUGAAAUGUUUUGUACCUCUGCUUUGAUAGAAAAUCUGUUUUAAGUACAGCAGUGGUCCAGAGAGUAAUCUAAUUUAUGCCAAUGUGAAUCAGGAGCAAUUUCACUGCAAUCAGAGAAGUUACAGUCAUUUGGUCCUACUGUAAAUGAAAUUAGAAUCAAGCCUCCUCAAGAAAAUCUCCCCAAGUAAGUUUGCGAUGACUAAAGCAUUUGUUUUACUUUAAAAAAAAAAAAAAAGCUAAAACCGAUUUUCAAAUGUGCAUUCAUUUUUUGAUACUACAAUAAUAUUAAAAACCCAGUCUGGCUCUUCUGAGGUAUUGUAAUGCCUGUUCCAUCUAUUCCCUUGUAAAUGGCAACUGUGUCUGGGUGUAACACAGUGAUGAACUCCUCAAUUAGCUCCUUUUACCCUUAAUGUCUUUCCUGCCCAUGGGUGGAACUAAUCUAACUGUGCUAGUCAUAAUACUACACAAUUAGCUUAGUAACAGUCAUCAAAAUGUACUGUGUACAUUAACGAUGAGUGCUGUUGAUCAGCAUGGAUUUCUUGGAGCAUGGUUUGUUAUUGAUUAAUUAUAAAAAAUCAGCAUUUGAGUGCAAAGGACACAUCAUUUAAAUUACGGUAUUAUACAUAAUAGCAUGCCCAGUCAUUAUCUUUAUGCUAUUACUAUAUUAUUUCAUAAAAUUAAAUGAAUAAUUAACUUUAGAGAUCACCUUCCACUCCUGAACUUGGACAGGGUCUCUCUUGCAUGCCUUUUCCAAGUCCUGUGGUGGGCCUAACUUCAUUGACCUCAACUUUUCACCCCAUCUUUUAUAGAAUUCACUCUUGAUUUUUUAAAAUUAUCUUACAUACUGUGGUGAAUGGAGGUAACUUUGUAUAUAAUUAUUUUUAAUUGUCUACAAUAGCUUAUGCAUUUUAGGACAGUUCUGGUACUCAUUUACUAAUAUUUAAUCAAUUUGUUGAAUUUUCAAUCCCUCCCACUGUGAGCAAGUCAGCUCCACAGAGCACUUAUUGUGCAUUUGGGACAUUUUUGUCAUAUGCUUCACUUUGUUCAUCUGUUGCCAGAGGUUCUUGUUCAGUAAUGAUGUUCUGAGAGAAAUAGUAAUUUUGUUGGUCUUAUUAGAAAAGGAAAAAGUAUAAUGUUUGCACUUGAAAGAAACUGUAAGUUUUCAUCUUCACAUAACUGAACAAAACACUAAAAGCAACUAGGAGUAAGCAUUUCUUAGAAUGCAGUUAUAUUGACCACCUGGUUUUAAAAUGUUUGCUAUUUAA